GGACCCUGGAGUCUGCGGAGCCUUAAUUGUGGGGUAGCACAUUAUUCACGUUGUUUAGCUGGUGUCUAACGACCAACAUGGAUGAAAGAGUGAAUGCCACGGUCUGGUUCAAGUAUGGCCCCCGUCGAUCAUAUCGAGCGGCAGGGCCGAACUCGUACCACAACGAUCAAGCAAGCCUCUCGACGCAAGUCAAGGAGGUUGUCGCCUCUGGGAUACGUGAGGGCGAAUUUGCCGCCGUACGCGAAGGUGUAGAUGAAGUAGUGAACUGUUUUGUCACUAUCCCAAAUAUUUUGGGGAAUAUUUUGGGAACGAUGGUUGAUGCUCAAGAACUUCUCCUUACCAUCUUCCCCUUUUCACUGCGUGUUGCAUAUGUCGUUGAAGCAUCGAUGCGGUGCCGUUUUGGGAAAUUAAACUGUUUUGCGAAUCUCAGAGCCAUGUCCACGACGGCUGCUCCAAACACGUCACUAUCACCAACCUAUCCCGGAAUGCACUCCCUACUCUCCGACAUCCUCGAAACAUAUCCUCGGACGAACAUCCCAAGUAAUCCAUUCUUCCCAGAAACUACCGGCCAUACGUACCCUCGGUACCCAACUCAGUAUGCAUGCCUGCCUGCCUGCCUGCUUCAUCCGUGCAAACCCUCCCUGCGCAAGCUGCAACGACGGCCCGCAAUCGGCCCUCCACCGCUCCUCUCAUCGGAUCCACGAGACCGACAUCUAUUGACAUGA